AUGAUUGUGCCAGUGAGAUGUUUUUCCUGCGGGAAGGUUGUUGGCGACAAAUGGGAAGCUUAUUUGAACAUGUUGCAAGAAGACGAGCUGGAUGAGGGAACUGCGCUUUCCAGACUCGGACUGAAGAGAUACUGCUGCAGACGUAUGAUUCUAACACAUGUGGAUCUGAUCGAGAAGUUCUUGAGAUACAACCCGCUCGAAAAACGCGAUUAG